UCUCUGAUAUGGGAUGUUUGCAUCGUGCGGCAGUGUUUGAAAUGUGCUUGGAAACGCAUUGGGGCCGCAUUCACAAAGCAUUAACCAUCGUGCUUGUUUAGCACCAAUAUGUUUUCUAAACAAUAAACAAAACAUUGAUAUUUAAAGAAAUAAUUGACAUAAGAACAUUUAAAGUCCUGUCUUAAAGGAGCCCAGUGAUUCAGCCUCUCACCACUCUGUGGUGUCUCCUUGCCUCUGUCCAAGUCUAUUUCCACACAAUUUCCAUCUGUGUGUCCCCUAGUCUUGGUUCUAAUAGUGACUAUGGGUUUAAAGAUUUCAAUCAUGUCCUCCCAAACCAUCCUUUGUUCCAGGCUAAAGAUUCAGUUCCCUCACCCUGCAGUAUCUUCGUAGCUCAUUCCUUUAAGCCCUGGGGUUAGUCUGACUGCUGUUCAUUGGUCUCUUUCCACAAUAGCUCGGGAGAUCACGCUUUUAGUUUUUCCUUGCUAGCUCACUAAUAAAUAACACUUUGAUUUUACUUUCACCAAAAAAAGGAUGCAAACUUUACACAGUGGUGAAUGCUUUGUGGGUAUGGCCAGGGGUGUGGUGUGGAUGGUGUGUGUGUAAAGUAUGAGCAUGAAUUUUUGAAUGAGGUGGAAAGUCUUUGAAGCACUGCUUUGUGUUGAAGUUCUUACGGGCUGUCGUGUUCCUUCUCUAUCGCUCUCUAUUGCUGUAUCUGUUUUGAUUAUUAUUUGUCAGACUUGCUAACUAUUCUAAUGCAUAAAGGCUUCUGAAAAUGGCGGAGAAGCAUUAAGAAAGUUCCCCUUAUGAAAGUGUCCCAUAGUAAAAGCAUAUAACUAGAGGCUUCAGUGCACAGCACAACGCUAAUGUUUCCCCGCCUCGCUUCUUUUCAGAAGCCCUUUUUGUUUUUGACAAUAAGACAAUAGAGAAUUAUACAGAACACACAAUAAAAUAUAUGAAACAGGUAAGUUCCUCUUGUUUCCUGGGCUUUAGUAUGUUAAUGAAGUAAUGAAGCCAUUCAUUAACAGUCAAAGCCAGCCUGAAACCAACCCUUCUGGUAAUUACAAUGAGAAUAAGGGAAAGAAAUAAAUCGCCAAUUUGCUGAAUGCUCCAUUGCAAAUUCAAUCAGAAAGUAGCAGGCAGUUCAUGUGACUGCACACAGAGGGAGUUCCCAACGCUGAUCCCAUUUCCAUGAGCAUUCAGCAUGACGAUGGGCAUUUGGGGGGCAGAGAGACCCCAGAUGGAUUCAAUAGCAAUACCUGGAGAACCUCAGAGAGGUGACCCCAAUAUCAAGGACGCUGUUACCACAGAGAGCCCAGUCGCAGAAAAAGAGUUACACACACACACGCAAUGUGAGCUAAACCCAGGACAGUACUGUGUGCCAGCAGAACAGAACAGGACCGCACAGUGUGAAGAUUGAUAGGUGUAGCUCUCAGUACAACACUGGCAAAAGCCAUACUUCUAUCUAUCUAUCUAUCUAUCUAUCUAUAUAUAAUCUGCAAUGUCAACUAUACUGGAAAAUAAUAUUAAUAGUAAUUCUAAUUUCAUAUCAAUGUCCCUUUCAUUCACUAUUAAGUUCUGCAGUCAGUCUGACUACAAUAUUCAAAGAGAUCCAGCCGCUGUAACCCAGGACUGGGGAACCUGACCCACACUUGGACAGCAGCCAGCCAGCGCUUAAGACUGCAGCAGGGAUUCUCAUCUGUUUUAUUUUCCUUCGCUCUCCUCCUCGGCUCACUCCUCUUUCUUUCAGGAGAGCUGCAAAGACAUCCUUCUGAAACCCCCCAAAAAAUAAAGGAGAAAAAAUAGCUAAAUACAGCAAGGGGCCCGAGGGGCCACGCCUCCCCCCAAACAAACAAUUAGAACUGGUGUCCUUUGAUAAAGAAUAAUGAUUUGUUUUAAACAUUUUAGGAUAUGUUAGCACAUGCUAAGGAUUCAUACAGUGAGGGUAGCUCAAUUUGCUUUUAAAAGCUUUUGAGCUUUCCAUGUGUUUUUAAUGAUACAUACCAUAUCCUACUGUAUAUACUGUAAAAGCUAUGUUUGAUUUAGAAAUAAAUAGAGACACUUGUCACUGCUGAUCUUGGCUGGCUCUCCUAAGAGCCCCCAGUACAUUUCAAACCCUCUCAGAAUCAUUCCCUGCUUGUUGAGACAGAAAGCAACUGCCCUUCUCCUCUGCUUACCUGCCUGUCGCUCUGUCCUCCGCAGCGCUCCAGCCCCAGCAGGGGGCGCUCCAGCACAGCCCGAGGCUUCACCGGGGUCCAGGAACCUGUCGCUGGCAGCCACCGCCAUCUCCUCCGCUAUCACUGCGCAGGCUAGUGCCAGCUUCAGCAUGCAGUCCUCCUCUUCCUCCUACAGUGUCCAGUCCAAAACCACCACGACCAGCUCCUUCCCCCAGCCCUCGGCGGUGCAGCAGAGAGCAGUGCAGACCCCUGCCUCUCCUCCAAAGGUCGUCAGCACCAUCAAUAUUGUGCCCACUGCCAACCUCCCCGCCCCAGCCCCAGCUCCAGUAUAUACCCCUGCCCCAGCUCCAGUAUAUAUCCCUGCCCCAGCUCCAGUAUACACCCCUGCCCCAGUUCCAGCCGCUGCCCCUGCCCCUGCCCCUGCCCCUGCCCCUGCCCCGGCCUCCUCUGGUCGCCCCCCCUGGGUGAUGGACGACUCCUUCGCUCAGAAGUUUGUUCCUGGGGCUAGCACCACUACCCUCACCAAACACAUCCAGCCUCUCCCCCAGGCUGCCCCCCUUCCUCCUGCUAUCAUCCCCAACUCCUCCCUCCCCCAGCACCCAGCCCCCAGCCCCGCCCCCUUCUCCACCCCCUCCGUAGGCCGCGGGAUCUUGCAGAGGGCAGAGCGCUUCCCGGCAGGCAACCGGACCCCGCUGUGUAGCUCCUGCAACGGCAUCAUCAGGGGUCCCUUCAUGGUGGCGCUGGGGCGCUCCUGGCACCCGGAGGAGUUUAACUGCCACUACUGCCACACCUCCCUGGCGGACGCGUCCUUCGUGGAGGAGCAGAACAACGUGUACUGCGAGGGCUGCUACGGGCAGUUCUUUGCUCCCACCUGCGCCCGCUGCAACACCAAGAUCAUGGGGGAAGUGAUGCAUGCACUGAGGCAGACCUGGCACACCACCUGCUUCGUGUGCGCUGCCUGCAACAAGCCCUUCGGAAACAGCCUCUUCCACAUGGAGGACGGAGAGCCCUACUGCGAGAAAGACUAUAUCGCUCUGUUCAGCACUAAGUGCCAUGGCUGUGACUUCCCAGUGGAGGCAGGUGACAAGUUCAUUGAGGCCCUGGGACAGACCUGGCACGACUCCUGCUUCGUCUGCGCGGUGUGCAACGUGAAUCUGGAAGGAAAGCCGUUCUACUCCAAGAAGGACAAACCUCUGUGUAAAAAGCACGCUCACGCCAUCAACGUGUAGAGAGAGAGAGAGAGAGAGAGAGAGAGAGAGAAAGGGGGGGUGAGAAGGAAGGAAAGGGCAAAAACACGACUCAGACUCAUUUCAAGGAGGUUUACGACCAGAAGCGACAAACAUGUAUUACAAUAAUAUAUUGAUGGUUUUUAAAAGCAGUAUUAGCUUGUUAUUGCACAACUGCUGUUUUGGUUAGUUAGUUAGUUAGUUAGUUAGUUAGUUAGUUAGUUAGUUAGUUAGUUAGUUAGUUAGUUAGUUUGUUUGUUUUUUAGAUUACAAGGUAUUCCCAACUAUAAUUAUAGUUUUAUAAUUAAUAAUAAUUGGGAAGUGCUUUUGAGGUUUUCAGCUCUUUUGAGGUGUAUUGUAUAAAAUACAUAACUAUUAUAAUGUUGAAGGUGUAGUACAGAUCAAGAUCUAUCUGACCCCACAAGAAAUUCACCCAGUCCAGUGCAUACAUUAUAUGGGCUUGCCCUGUACACACCUGACCUGUGACUGUUUGCCUCGUCCCAGAAACACAACAGGCCAUAUUUUCAAAGCGUUUACACCAGUCUUUAAUUCACUCCUGUUUUUUGAAAGAGGUAAAAACACCUGUUAAUUUUACAAAACUAGAACCAAACCGCUAACAUAUAUAUUUCAAGUCCUCUUUAGCACUCUCAAUGUGUUUGCGUUUUUCAUUUUGUAACAUCAACAUUUUUUUUCUCCUUUUAACAAAAUAGGAGUUAAUUAAAGAAUGGAGGAAACGCUUUGACAAUAUGGCCAAACUGGUACUAUGCUAAUGAUGCAAGCAGAGGUGUACAGGAUUCAUUAAAGGGAAAGGCAUGUAUUAAGAUCUGCCUCAGUCCAGAUUACCAAGCUCACUCUUGACAUGGGUUAGCAGAUAGAGAUGACUUAUAUUGGCAGAAAUAACGAUUUAAUAUAUUGACACACUGCGCCAUAUUCGUAAAGCACUGACAUGUAAGUAGAUGCUUAGGGCUUCGAUGCAUUUUACUGGAACGCUAAUGUUUAAUGCAUACAGCCCAGUGUAAUUAAAUGUAGUUAGACAGACUUUUUAAAGAUUCUUUAGAAAUACUGAAAACAGAUGCUUAGAUUUUUAUAACACAUAUAGACGUAUAGUAGUAAAGGGGGGGGGUCCAAUCAGAAAAUAUAGCACCUGCAUUAUUAACCUUUUCUAUGACGACAUUCAAUCAAAUGUGUUUUAAGUGAAUGGCAUGUGAAAGUUUUUGUUAAAGAAAUCCAGCUUUCUUCACCUGCAUUAAUGCUGUAGCCAUAUUAUUAUUAUUAUUAUUAUUAUUAUUAUUAUUAUUAUUAUUAUUAUUAUUAUUAUUAUUAUUAGUAGUAGUAGUAGUAGUAGUAGUAGUAGUAGUAGUAGUAUUCAUUUAUUUGUAUUUAAUUGUCUGGAUUUCGCUCUCUUCUUUGGGUCAGUAAUUUAUGAAAUGUUCAUCUUAAGACUUAAAAAGUUGCACCUUAAGUGCUUUCUUAGUAACAGACUAGUGGUCAUCGGUGAAAAGCUGUUGUUUUUUAAGAUAAUAAAAAAAAUCACAAGAGAAAGCAAACAUAAAACAGAAGAAAACGAUUAUCUUAAGAUUGAUUCUUAAACUGCUGUGGAAAAAAAAGCAGCUUGAUCAAUAUUUGACUCCAUGUGCAAGUCUGUGUGCUAUAUAUAAUGAGACACCACUAGGUGGCGGAAGAGUAAAGCCUGGUGUUCAAGCAUGUGCUCCUGGUAAAUUAGGAACUUAGGAAACCGACACUUUCUCCUCUUAUUAAACUUGUAGUAAAACCAGGAAAUCAAACUGUUAUGCAGUGGGAGUCUUCUUUCCAUCCCAAGGUUUAGCAUGUACUAGGUAAGCCUUGUGCUCCUGAGGGAGUGACUGCGUGCCUGUGGCAUGUCAGCAUGACUUCCACAGUAGAAGGGAGCUGUUUAAUCAAGCACCUGUAAACACUUACAACUUUUCACUGUGCACAGAAAACAAAACAAAACAGAGCCGACAGGUACUGCAAAAAAAAAAAAAAUCUUCCUUGUGCAUCGUAAUUACACAUCGAUGUGUAAAUGAAACAGAUAUUAUAAGUACAUUAUAAGUUUUAGAUGUAUAUUGCUAUAGAAUUCUGUAUGUUUUCUAUAAGGGUGCACACACACACACGCACACAGACAGAGCCAUGCAGCUGUUGUUCCGUUAUAGCUAGAGAUACAGACAGGUUGUUUGAAUUAGAUCACUAUGCAGCUGGUUGCUGCAUGUCUCUUGAUGUGUGAAGGACCACGUUCUCCCAGACGUUCUUUAAAUGCCAUGGGAAGGAAGGGGUAUUCUUUCUCUACCCCUCCCCUUAUCUGUUUAAGAUGUUUGCAACCAUUCUGAGUUCUGUACCCUCCAAUACUGAGACUGGUUUACAUAAUAAUGCUGCCUAGGGUCCCUUCUUAAUUCAAAGUCAAUCAUAUGAGUGAAAAGGCUGUAGUUGUAAGAGAGGUGUUUGUUUAAGUUCGCUGGUUACUUUCCUCUCUCUUAUGGGAACUAGACUUUUAGCCAUUGUCACCAUCUCCGUCUCGUUCUCUUUCUUGUCUCUCCAACUGUUCUGUGUUUAACUCUCCUCCACAUUUACCACCUUUCAUUGACCAUCCAAUGAUUCUUUCUUUUUAUUCUUUCCAUUUUCAUCUGCUGCCGUGUACUUCUGGCACACUUGUCUAUUUCUCCACCACCGGUAACCAAUUAUUUAUUUAGUUCUUCUGUAUUUUUCUUUCUUUUUCCUUUAACAUUUUUCUGUUUUUUUGCAGUAUUUAUUUUCUUUCUUCUCUCCAGUGGUAUGCAAUUGUUACAUUAUUUAUUUGGUAAUUGUUUCUUUCAUCAUUUCUACAUGCUUCUGUCAUCAUGUCUACAUGCUUCUUUCAUCAUGUCUACAUGCUUCUUUCAUCAUGUCUACAUGCUUCUUUCAUCAUUUCUACAUACUUCUUUCAUCAUUUCUACAUGCUUCUUUCAUCAUGUCUACAUGCUUGUGUCUUUCAUCAUGUCUACAUGCUUGUGUCUUUCAUCAUGUCUACAUGCUUGUUUCUUUAUCAUUUCUACAUGCUUCUUUCAUCAUGUCUACAUGCUUGUUUCUUUAUCAUUUCUACAUGCUUCUUUCAUCAUUUCUACAUGCUUCUUUCAUCAUUUCUAUAUGCUUCUUUCAUCAUGUCUACAUGCUUGUUUCUUUAUCAUUUCUACAUGCUUCUUUCAUCAUGUCUACAUGCUUCUUUCAUCAUUUCUACAUGCUUGUGUCUUUCAUCAUGUCUACAUGCUUGUGUCUUUCAUCAUGUCUACAUGCUUGUGUCUUUCAUCAUGUCUACAUGCUUGUUUCUUUAUCAUUUCUACAUGCUUCUUUCAUCAUUUCUACAUGCUUGUGUCUUUCAUCAUGUCUACAUGCUUCUUUCAUCAUUUCUACAUGCUUGUUUCUUUAUCAUUUCUACAUGCUUCUUUCAUCAUUUCUACAUGCUUGUGUCUUUCAUCAUGUCUACAUGCUUCUUUCAUCAUGUCUACAUGCUUGUUUCUUUAUCAUUUCUACAUGCUUGUUUCUUUAUCAUUUCUACAUGCUUCUUUCAUCAUUUCUACAUGCUUCUUUCAUCAUUUCUACAUGCUUGUUUCUUUAUCAUUUCUACAUGCUUCUUUCAUCAUUUCUACAUGCUUGUUUCUUUGGUUUUUGUAUUUUUUUCUCUCCUUUCUUUCCAUAUCUUCCUCCCUUCUGUCUCCCUUAUCUUCAUCCGAGUCCUCCGAUCAGGCUUGCACUCCCAAUCUCUCCCGCAUCCCUUUUUUGUUUUAUUUGUUCAUUUGCCUCUCAUUCUCCAUAACAGGCUCUAUUAUUAUUAUUAUUAUUAUUAUUAUUAUUAUUAUUAUUAUUAUUAUUAUUAUUGUUAUUGUUAUUUUUAAUUCAAGCCAAGAAAAAAACAAAACAAAACAAAUCUUGUGGAGCUCUUGGUCCUUCAGGCGUCUGUUUACACAAUAUAAUAAUUGUCUACUGUGCUGCUGUAUGUUAAACACAAUGUCAUCUGCCAGAUGUAUUAAUGUAUUGUGACAGCUGAUUAUUAUUAUUAUUAUUAUUAUUAUUAUUAUUAUUAUUAUUAUUAUUAUGAUGAUGAUGAAAUCAUUUGAUGUUUAAAUCAAAAUAUUAAGAGUGUUUUUAAGCAUGCAGUGAUUGUGUCACUUUUUAAUGUGGUGUUAUUUUUUUUGAAUGCACUGAAACGUUACCAAUACAUGGCCUUGAACUCGCUGUUAUUUCUGUGUGUUGCGUUCUCGAGUUCAUGUCGUGUUUUUUGAACAUUUUUAUUUUUAUUUAUUUUUUUUGCAUGGGGUUGUGAUUGACACGAUUAACAGAAAGAAAAAUAUAUUUUACUGUAUCUUUGUUCUGCAGCAACUAUGUAAACUUAGGAUUUUUUUUUUUUUAACAAUUGUUCGUGGUGAUUCAAGUCUCAGACAGAGCCUUGUACCCUAUCCAUACUCCCCAAGUAAUGUGCGAUCAUGGUGUUCUGAAAAUGUGAGUUAAUGAGGUGGAUGUCAAUCACGUGACUGUAACGCUCGGCGAUCGCACAUUCUUAUAUGGAAAGCGGGUCUCGGUAAAACCUAAUACAGAAGGUGAUUGCGGUGAUCGAGGGAGCUGGUUUAUUUAUUUUGGAAUACCAAACGGAACAGGAGAAAUAUGUAAAAAAAAACAUGACACAUGUCGACUCCUCAAAUACUGUGGAAAAACUAUUUCUCCUGCAGCAUCGGGGUGAGUGACUACGUCCCUUAUAAAAGUCUCCCAUAGUAAAAGCACAGCACAGUGUAUUAAGCACAGUGAAAGCAUGGUAAGGCAUAGGUAAGCAUUGUAAAGAAUAACGAGGUACCGUAUGGUAAAGCAUAUUAAUAAACAUGGCAAACCAGGGUAAAGUAUGGUAGAUGCAUAGUAUAACCAUUGGAAAAACGAGGUAAAACUGCAAAAAUACCCUGGUAAACUUUUAUAAGGGAUACUAGAGCUCCGACACCAAACAAAGUGAAGGCUCACCUUGCUUGUCUUUUACAAUGCUUACCUAUAUUUUACCAUGCUUUCACUGUGCUGUAUGACACCUUGCUAUGCUUCUACUGUGGGGAACCUUUAUAAGGGCAGUAAGUGGACAAUGCAUGCGUCUUUGUGAAGGUUGUUCUGUAUAUGCUAGUUCUGUAACUGUAUUGAGAAUGUUCCAGAUCUCAGUCCAUUUGAAUUGCACUUGUUUUUUUGCCCUCCUGUGUAACUUGGUCUCUCACUGUGGUACCCAGCUAGCUCCUUCUGUGUGUUACUCAAGAGUGCAUGAAUGGAUGUCAUGAUUUGGCUUCAAUUAAAUAGGAGUGAUUCUUUUUGUUUUUUGGCAAUAA